CAACAAUGAACGCUACCGAUGACGACGAUGUUGUUCUUCAGAAGGCUGCGUCAACGCUCUUGUUAGAUCUGCAAGCCUUGAUAAAUCGAGUCUUGCGGAAAGAGAAUGGCGCCGUCCACCGCCGAGUCCGGGAGAGGGACCUGGAUAGAUUCAUACCUUUGCUUGUUCCCUUUCAAGAAGAUCCUCAGCUUCUAGAUGCUCAACUCAAGCACCUCAUUCCCCCACUAGUUGCUGCCUAUCUAGACUACCUUCGGAUCACUCCCAGGCCUGGUUUGAAAAAGAAGUUUGUUCCUCUUUCGCAUGCCAUCUGCAGAAUUCUGAACCUCUUCUGCAAUGUACGAGGCGAGAAGGUCGUCAUUGGCUUCCUAAACAAUGAGCCCCGAUAUCUCGAACCCGUGUUGGCUGAGUUCGAGAGUGGGCUGACAGUCUCAGGUGAAGAGCUAGAUGCUAUUUCUCAGAAGAUCAUUCCAUGGGAGGAGAGAUACGUGCUCCUGCUAUGGCUAUCCCAUCUCAUGCUAGCCCCAUUUCCCCUUGCCUCUAUUUCCGCAACUCACUCGUCUGAAGAAACCUCCAAGGAGACAGGUAUCAAACUGCCCUCUGAGCUCUCUGGGGUAGUACUACGUGUUCUUCCAAUAUGCGUUGCUCAUCUCAAAUCUGCGUCGAAAGAACGAGGGGCAGCUGGAUCUCUACUUGUCAAGCUCGUCCUACGGCCGGAUAUGCAAAAGAUUGGAAUGCUUGAUGCUCUGAUUCAAUGGGCACUAACCUCGCUCGAGUCUUUCUCUGAGGGCACAUCUGAUAUCCAUCAAUACCUAGGAGUUCUCUCGUUUAUAAGUGGAAUAGUGGCUUCGGCCACCAAUCAAGAGAUUGGUCCAUACCUUCAAGCUAUCUACACCAAAUGCCAGCUUUUCAUAACUUCAGACGCUCUCGCCUUUGUCCGGUCUUCUGCUGUUGCGAGAAAAUUGGUCAUCAAAACACUCCGCAACGUUACUGUUCACUGUCUACAAUCUGCUUCAUCUUUGGAAGGCAUCGACACCCCUACCGUUUUAGAAGAGGUCAUCGAUUUCUUGCUUCAGUCUCUUGCUGACGGCGACACUCCGGUGAGGUACGCUGCAAGUAAGGCGCUAAGCGUGAUCACCUUGAAGCUCGAUCCUGAGAUGGGAGGUGAAGUCGUAGAGGCCAUUCUCGGAAGCCUUAACGAGGACGUGUACUGGGAGGGCUCGAGAAGGAGUCUCAGUGGGGUCAAUCCAUUGAGAUGGCACGGUUUGACACUGACAUUAGCGCAUCUGCUUUAUAGAAAGGCCCCUUCCACUGAUCAACUCCCGGACAUUCUGAACGCUCUACUGCUGGCCCUUGCUUUCGAACAGCGUUCGGCGACUGGCGGAUCCAUCGGAACUAAUGUUAGGGAUGCCGCCUGCUUCGGUAUAUGGGCUUUAUCCAGAAGAUACUUGACUAAAGAUCUCCUUGCGGUUCAGACUACGUCUAUACGUGCCUCUCACCAGAACCUCCACUCUUACUCGGUCCCUCAGGUGCUAGCUAUCGAAUUACUGGUCGCAGCUUGCCUAGACCCGGCCGGCAACAUCCGAAGAGGCUCUUCAGCGGCUCUACAGGAAUUGAUUGGGCGGCAUCCUGAUACCGUUCAAGAAGGAAUACCUCUAGUGCAGAUUGUGGACUUCCAUGCCGUAGGGCUCCGAGACCGCGCGAUUUGCGAGGUCGGAAUCAAUGCGGCCCAACUAUAUCCCAUUUAUUGGGACGCAAUCUUCGAGAAUCUGCUGGAAUGGAGAGGAGUUGGAUCCCUGGAUACCUCGUCCCGAUUGUCUGCGGCGAAUGCCAUUGGGCUCUUGAGUCGUUACCAGCUGUUCCCUAAAGUCAAUGCGAUGGUGAAGAAUAUAUGGCAGCAACUAGACGGACUGGCAUCGAGGCAAAUCGAGGAGAGGCAUGGACUGGUAAUGUCUUUGGCUUUUCUUAUCAGUCAAAGCAAUACACAAUCAGCAGCACAAAGGGCUCCCAUCUCCGACUCUGAGGCAAAUCCACCACCUUCGAGAUCCCUAGCUGAAUUGGCCGAGUUGACUCGCGUUUGGACUAUAUUCGACAAAACCCUCAAUCUAGAAGACAAGGCUUUUAUCUCGCCAGCAAUGCGACCAGAACUCACAGCUUCCGCGAUUUGUAGCCUUCUUGGUGCGCUAGCUUCUAUAUCAGUGCAGAUCAUAGGAUCGAACGAGACCAUACAGCCCCCUAGCAAGGAGUUGGUUCGACUGCUCGACCUAUGCCUCGGCCGUACCGAAGAGAGCGUCCUCCAAGCCAUCCCUAAAACCGUCAUCUACACCAUUGAAGCCCUGCAAGCAAACGCCUCGUCAACAGUCUCAACCGUAGUCUCCGCCUGGAUAGACUACCUCGAACAAGAAGCCUCCUACGCCAGCCGACGGGCCUCCGGCUUCGCAAUCGCCCUAGGAGCCGCCUACUCCCACCUCUCCUCCCUCCCAGAACCCGACCUUAACUCCUACGAACAGCGCAUCAUCGCCGUCCUAACCUUCCGAUGCACCGCCGCCGUCGACAUCCCAGCCCGCACCGCCGCGCUCCAGAGUCUCGGCACCUUACUCCAAGAAGCCGCCGCACGCGCCACGCGCUCCUCGACCACCACCACCAACCCCUCCUCCCUCCUACCGCCGACUUCAAAAGCCAAGAUCACGCAGGCGCUCAACACCGCGCUGAACGACUACACCGUCACCGAGCGCGGCGACGUCGGCGCCCUCGUGCGCCUCGAGGCCAUCGCCACCACCGAAAUCGCAUGGCGCACAGCGCUCCUCAGCGGCAGCGCUGGCGCGAACGAGCUGCACGCCGCCGUGCUGCGCCUCUCCGUCGAGCGGCUCGACAAGAUGCGCGUCCGCGCCGCGCACUGCCUCGAAGCGGGCAACCAGGAGCACUUCGAGGCCGCCAUCAGCGGGGCCGCCGACGGCGUGUCGUCGUACGCCUACUUUGCGGAGGCGCUGGGGGUGUUCAGCCCCCAGAGCCCCGCGUGGCUGAAGAAGGCCGUCAUGGAGGGGUAUGUGAGCGCGGCGGGGAUGGGGUCGGAGAGUGUGGUGCAGAAUGCGCGCAUGGUGCUGGUGGAUGCGAUGGAGAGGCUUCCUGGGGAGGGGGAGGGGGAGGGGGGAAGCUGCUCGCUGCUCGAUGUCAUGGAUAUCUUGGUAGAGCUGCUGAAGGGGAGUCUGGCGAACGAUCGGGUGUUGAUUCCGGCGAUGGAGGUUGUGGCGUUCUUGUUUGAUGCCGGGGUGGUGCAGAGAUUGGUGGGCACGCGGUUUAACUUUCGGGCUCUCCUCUCCCUAACCCAGAAGGCUCAUUAUAAAUCUACUAAUAUCAAUAAGCUGCAUAUUGCGCUGGAUGUGUAUAGGGGGCUAGCGGAGAUUGACAGCACGAGGAAAGACGUGCUCCUUAAGGUAGCGAGCAUGCUGCUGCAUCCUUUUCCUAAGAUUCGUAGUAGUGCUGCAGAGACCUUGUGGGUAGUGACAAGCGACGACGAUCUGAAACUUCACGAUUGGGCGCAGCAGCCGAAGAAUCUCAAGCCGGCCGUUGAGGCGUUGAAGAAGAGGCUGGGUGCGACAUAGGAAGAUCUGAGGGUAUACCAGUAUGCAUUUCUGAUAGAAAAACUCAUGACCUAGACUGUUGGUGACUUUGAAACUCGUCAAUCCUUGACGGACAACUCCUUGACGAAGUUCACGAAGCCGUGCCAUCCACUGAUCCAUUCCCCGCAAACGCCUUAGAUCCCACGGUCCGCAUAGUUUAGAGAUGCAUAGCUGAUCUCUCACACUAGAAUAGCCCAGCUCAGCAGCCCAAAUCCUUUUGAGCCACCUUCACAGCUCCCUGUCCAACCCCGUCCCCCCCAUCGUCGGC